AACAACAGGAAUUCUAGGGUUUCGCUGCCGCUUGCACCUCUCCUUCCACAGCAGCCUGCACUCUCAGCAGCGUUCUUCUAGCUCAUCAAUAUGACUAAGAGAACCAAGAAGGCUGGUAUUGUGGGAAAGUAUGGUACUCGUUAUGGUGCCAGUUUGAGGAAGCAGAUCAAGAAGAUGGAAGUCAGCCAGCAUAGCAAGUACUUCUGUGAGUUUUGUGGCAAGUAUGCUGUUAAGAGAAAGGCAGUUGGAAUAUGGGGAUGUAAGGACUGUGGGAAAGUCAAGGCUGGUGGUGCAUAUACACUAAACACCGCUAGUGCUGUGACUGUCAGGAGCACCAUCCGAAGGCUGCGUGAGCAGACUGAAAGCUAGAUCGUUUUGAUGGAAUACAUGUUUGAGCUGUGCUGCACAAUAUGUUGGAUUUUAGAACCAAUGUUAAAGCCCAAAUUUUGAUUUUUGUUAAACUAAGUUCUGUAUUUUUGAAUGUGUUUUGGUCAAAUUUAGUUAUGUUUUUAUACUGUUUUCAUUCUCUUCUGCCCUACCGUUAUUGGUUAUCCAGUCUAGGCUUGGAAUGCCAUACUGAAAGAGAUCUUGUUAAACAUUGUAGAAGAAUUUGACACCUUAUGGCAAGAUAAUUUGUUUCAAA